AUGCAUUCCUUGGAAUAUUGUGAAUCUAGUUGUUACCCUGAUCCGUGUGGAAUCUUCAGGGAUGAGAUUGUGACUCGGACUAGAUCACCUGUGGGUCUUCCGCCUCAGAGCAGGGACUCUGUCAAGCAAUCACCUUCUCCUAGUCCAAUUGGCAGCUUGAUUUCUCGAUCCUCAAUCGCCUCAAAUUCUUUCCUCCUGCCCCGUUGUAGCCUCAAUAUAGCAGCUUCUGCCUUGGUCACAACCCGCUAUAAGCGAUCCGGGUCCUCACCUUCAGUCCCCCUUGCCGAAUACAACUUGCAGUCACUAUAA